UCCGCCAAUGACUGUAACCGCCAGAAAUUUAAACUUUGGGCAAAUCAAUAGAGAGAGGCAGAGAAGCGGAAUAGUUCUGAUCUAAACACCGCAACUGGGUUUUUGUUUUUUUAAUUUGGACGUUAAUGAUGAUUCGAGAAGAAGAGUGUAAAAUGUACGAUGUGAAAAAUCGUCUGAAAACGUAUUCGGGCUGGCCGUUCACGGAGGGCUGCGUCUGCACUCCCGAAAAUAUGGCCAGAGCCGGAUUCAUCCACUGCCCCACUGAAAACAGCCCAGAUGUGGCUCAGUGCUUCUUCUGCUACAAGGAGCUGGAAGGCUGGGAGCCUGAUGAUGUCCCUGAACAGGAGCAUCAGCGUCAUUCUCCAGCCUGCCAUUUCAUUGCUCUGAAGAAGCCGGUUGAAGAACUGACCCUAGAGGAGCUCAUGAAGCUGCAGAAAGAGAGGCAGAAGUUUCUGAUUAAAAAGACAACCAAUCAAGCUCUAGAUAAAUUUGAGCUUGCUGCAAAAUCACGAAGAGGAGAGUUGGAGAAAAUGGCAACUGAAGCAGACUGAUUUUUAUAGUUUUUUUUAUAGCUUUGUAUAAAUUCUCUUUUGAUGUCUUCCUAUCUUUUGAUUUCCAUUUCAGCUGCAGAUUUGCUUUCUUAAAUAUUUUCUCUUUGUAAAUAGCCCAACAAAGAAACAUCUGUCGUAUUUUUAUUUUUUACUGUCUUUAAGGGAAAGGGGGAUGAUUUAUUACCAAAACUAAUAUUUCAUAUUAAAAGCUCAGUCUCUCUUAAACUUGAAGUCAAUUAUAAAGGAUUGCAAUUAGUGUAACAUGUCUCUGGUCAAUGAGUAUUAUAGGAACUUGAUCACUUCAUUUCUCACCAAAGUGCUUUGGAAACCUAUUUGGGUGCCCAUUAAUGGCAUUGCAGCGUCACAGAAUCCAGAUGCCAAAUCAAUCUGGGUUUUCCUAAUGGGCUGACUUACUGAAAGACCUUCCACCCAUCAGAUUGAGCCCGCAAGCUGGAACAGCCUGCACAGUAAACCAGCGCGGGGGUCAUUGCAAUAAUCUGUUUGUGUCAGUAUCUGCAAGUAUUUACCUUGUUCAUACAUCUAGGAUGGUUAGGAUUAUCAGUAUCCAGUUGAAUGCAAAUGUUUUCCAGGCGCCAUUCGAGAUUAAUGUAAAAUUUAAUAAUGGCUUCUCUGCAGUUGGCACUUCCUCGAACGCAUCACUGUUCUUUCAGAAGCACUGGAAGAAUCUUACACAGUCCAGUUUCAGUUCGUGAACUAAACAGUGGUACUCCCUAACCCUUUUUCUUUUGGUUAAUAUCAUGUACCCAGUGGGUGGUAUAGGGUUGAACUCUAUUCAAGAACAUCAGUAAAGCCUCUUCCUUGUUGAUCGUGUCUAUUUUUCUCCACUUCUGCUGUGUCUAAACCCCCCCCCCAAAAAAAUCAUUUGUCCCAUAUGCCGCCUGACUCAAUAUUCGCGCUGCGUUAAGUGUAAACGACAGUUUUUUUCAUUCCUGAAUUUGUGAGAAAUUGUUAUUGGUCUGUUCCUCUCGGGCACAGAUAGCUAAUUAUAAUGACUAACAGUGUUUUCAUGCUGACCAUAAAGAUGUCACAGGCUGUUUAAAAAAAUAAAAAAAACAACAACAAAACCACUAUCUUAAUACAUUGUACCUGCUAAAAUGCCACAAAACGAAUUACUUUCAAUAGUUUUUUUUUUGCUUUAGGCCUUUUUUAUAAGAAUGAGUUGUUCAAAGAAAUAAAAUAGACCAAAAAAAAACAAGCAUCCUGGAGGACAUAAUGUGUGGCGAGUGUUCUAUCGAAUGUUUUUUUUUUAAGUUACAUUUUAUAUGUUAAAAUAAGAUCUGUAUUUUAUUCAUUUCUAAAGGUUAAAACAAUGGUGAUGAAAUGGUUAAUUUCCACCUGCAAUGACACUUUUUUUGAGAGAACAAUACAUAGCUGUGUAAUAACUGAAAGAGGUUCACUGUAUUCUCCAGAAACCAAAGUCACAUCACCCUAAUGCAACUGCUCUUACAGCUCCUACCUGCUUCAAUCUGAAUACCGAUAUGAGGAACAAUAGAUUGAUUUUCCAUUCAAGUUGAGCUGUAGCUUAAACAAUGCACAAGCAGAACAGUUGUAAACACACUAAAUCUCCUCUAGUUACACAAGAACUUAUUAAAAAAAUUAUUGGA